AGUGGGCACUUCUGUCAGACUGGACCAGCGCACGCCGGCGUUAACACCUCUCGUAACUAUCGAACCGUAUUGCUUAACGUUUAGCUUUUACUCGUGGCUUGCCAAAUUCAUCCGUAAAGAUAACCAAUACAUGGAAAAACAGAACUAAAAUCUUAACCCGAUCUUCGUCUAAAACAAUAUUUUUUUUUGCUGUAUUUGUUUGGACAUGACAUAGCCUCAUGACAUGUUUAAGUAAAGGAAAAUGCCUUGGUUGGUACAUUUUUGGAGAAGUCUUAAGGUGGGAACUUUGUAUUUUCAAUGUGAAGUCAGUCGGAAAUCAAUUCCAGAGUGAAUUCCAAGUAAAGUUGGCAGUAUUUAAUCGUCCAAGUCAAGUGUAGGCUUAAGAACCAAAUCAUGGAGAACGUUACUUCAACAACAGAUAACCAGACGCUUGGUGAAUGGACAGAUUUUAGCAUCGAAUACAAAGUGGUCAGCAUAUUUUUUGUGAUCCUUAUCUGCGGGAUUGGAAUAGUUGGAAACGUCAUGGUGAUACUAGUUGUGCUUACAACCAAACACAUGCGGACGCCCACCAAUUGUUACCUGGUGAGUUUGGCUGUGGCAGACCUGAUGGUUCUGACAGCGGCGGGACUGCCAAAUAUUUCAGAGAGUUUGUAUGGAGGCUGGGUGUACGGAUACUUUGGGUGCCGUGGCAUAACCUAUUUCCAGUACUUGGGCAUUAACGCGUCCUCGUGCUCCAUUACCGCUUUCACAAUUGAGCGGUACAUAGCCAUUUGCCAUCCCAUAAAAGCGCAGUUCCUGUGCACUUUAUCAAGAGCAAAGAAAAUAAUCGUGGUCGUUUGGGCUUUUACCUCGCUCUACUGCGUGAUGUGGUUUUAUCUGAGCGACACCAAAGAGUUGGUGUACAACAAUAUUACCUUGGUCUCCUGCGAAUACAAAGUGUCCAGAUAUCGUUACCUUCCAAUAUACUUCACUGACUUUGCCUUGUUCUAUGUGCUGCCUCUCAUGCUGGCCACAGUUCUUUACGGGCUGAUCGCAAGAAUUCUUUUCCUGAACCCAUUGCCGGCAGAUCCCAAGGAAAGUAGUUCUAAAAAGUGGAAAAAAGAAUCGAGCCAAAGAAAUAGGACCAUAAGCACCAACAAUUCAUCGUGUAGCUCAACUGCCCGCUCUCGCAGGCAGGUGACUAAGAUGUUAGCUGUGGUGGUUGUGCUCUUCGCCCUCCUCUGGAUGCCAUACCGGACACUGGUGGUGGUCAACUCCUUCCUGGAAAAAGCGUACCUGGACUUUUGGUUCGUGCUUUUCUGCCGGAUCUGUGUCUACCUGAACAGUGCUGUCAACCCUAUCAUCUACAAUGCCAUGUCUCAGAAGUUCCGGACAUCCUUCAAGAAGUUGUGUCGUUGCGGCCCGCAGCAAAUGGAAAAGCCGGCAGCCUACAGCGUGGUUCUGACCUACAGCGUAAUCAAGGACAUGUCCAAUGGGGAGAGCCCCGAUCACUUCACUACCGAGAUUGACGAGUUGGGCACAUCCACACCUGCUGACCGCAUUCUACCGAGCACUAUGAGGAUGUCCUUCGAGGACCCCUCUCUGUCAGGCAGGGUUGCCCUUAGCACUCCGUGAUGUACAUCUCAAUUUACUCAGGCAGCAGCAUACUUUAGAAUCUAUUCUGGAAUGAAAAUUGUUUGCAGAGAAACUGAUAUAAUAUUUGAGCGGUACGAGACAAACGUUAUGGAAAAGGCAUUGCUGAAAAAGGGAUUGAGGUAGCCGUUGUGUAACAAAGCACCUGAUGAUAGACAUUGUUUACUUAAGUCGUAAACAUUGUUUGGCACAUUUGCAAGCUAAUGUAUUGCUUUCGCAUACAGAACAACAGUUGCAAUCUUUGUAGAAAGAAAAUAGAUUAAUCGCUUGUAUCUUAUCUAUUUGGAUGAUAGGAAACAAUGACAUUCUGAGAAAUCGUACGUCUUCAUGGCGUAUACGGAAAUGUAUUAUAAUGAUUAGUAGGGUUGUGCAGCGCCAGAGCGUUAUCCUCUAUAUUGCUGUGAGAUCGGAACUCCUGAGUUUUCAAGUGAACACAGCUUCAGAGAGUGAAGAUUUUCUACAAGGGAAAAAGAACAAGUGAAAUGAUGUUAUCACUCUGGUCAUCUAAAAAGGCUGCAGGUGCUCUCUCUUUCUCUGUUCAUGUUUCUUUCUCUCUGAGUCUGUGUGCGUGUGACAAGCUCAUGCAACGGGAGGGAGUCAAACCCUCCAUGUUGUUUGUUCCAUCCUGCUAAACCAGCAUGUCUUAACACAGCGCUGGCAGAAUUGGAUCCCUGACCACAUUUCAGAGGCAGAAAAUGAAAGAGGAGCCGCACCAAAUAUCACUACUUACUUUUAAAUGAAACUUGCCUGUCAGGAGAUGCAGAUGUCAUGAGAAAAGGUCUUUAAAGGUUAUAGAUAAUGAGAUGAUUUGCGACACCCCUGAUCUUUUAUUCCUUUCAUUGCUAACUACCAUAUGACGUUAAACCUGUUUAGAGUAACCUUACUGAUUAAAAGGUUCAGUUCGAUACAGAAUAUUGUGGCUGGUCUAGCUUCUAACAAUGUAGCAUGGCUAAACAUCAUGUGGUUCCACCUGGAAUUAACUACUGCUCAUUUGAUUUUAGAUCACUGAAAUUGCCAUUCACUAUAACACAUGCAGUAGCUACUUUUCCUGGGGUACACAUGAUACAUGAGAGAGUACAGAACAGUUAUUGACAAGACAAAGUACAGUUAAAUAUAUUAACAUCAAACUGUGGUGAGGAUUGGGUCAAAACUGUUGGUGGUCCAUAGAGAGAAGAUUAUCUGAUGACCUGGGUGGUUACUGGUUGUCUUCAGGGCCUGAGGCCAGCAACAUCUGAGACUGAUUGCAGGAUUUGUCCCUGAUGGAUCACCCCAAGCACAUUUCGCAAGGCAAGAUUACAGGACUCAUCAGUGUCAAAGGUUUGUACCUGGGAGAUUUGAGGGAGACUAGUAAGUCAUGAAACAUUCAUGAUGAAUGGGCACAUGGUAAAAAAAAAAAACUAUAAAUAUGAAAAAUAAUAAUAAUUAAAAAAUGAUAUAUAUAUAUAUAUAUAUAUAUAUGAAAAUACCAUUGAACAGUGCAACAUUGUUUCCUUACUAAUUCUGAUGAAACUCCAUCCCUGUUCAUUUUCUAUUAUGUAAAAAUGCUUGAAAUUGAUUGUGCAGUGCCAUGUGAAAUUGAUGUUCCUCAAUGUGUUGCAGAUCCUUACUUUUGUACUGUUUCAAUUGUGUCUUGCCAUGGUAGUUAUUUUGUAAUAACAUUGUUUUGUUGUUUGUUUCAAUCAAUGUUUUUUCUAUGGAAUAUUCACUUGUGGCGCUACGCUUUUUGACAACACUAAAGGACAAGUAUGUGAAAUAAAAAUGUCUCCCUUAGGCACUUCCAUCUAUUAUACUGUGCCUUGGUGUUGGCUAUAAAAGUUUCUUUGAGAAUACAAGAGGUACAAUUCAUUUUAGCCUGUUAGCCAGUUUGUGGCAUGAACCCUGUGAAACGUGUUGCUGUUGUGUGAGUUCAAAAAGGAAAACAAGACAUCUGCGUACAGUUGACCUUCAGUCAGAGAAAUGUUCUGUAGCCUGUAGGUGGUUCUCUGCAUUGUAACAACUGAUCUCGUCGUUAAGAUGGUUUGUGUUUUAUAUUGUUAUUUGUCUACAAUAAAUUGGUAAUUGAUCAUGUACUCUGUCAUGUAUUGAUAGGAGGGCACCAGUACAAGCAGUGGUUCAAUAAAUUCAACAAG